AUGUCUGAUCUCUCCAGCAAAUACGUCCUGCAGACUGCCGGUUUUGACGCUCGUUUCCCGAACACCAACCAGACCAGGCAUUGCUUCCAGAACUACACCGACUACUUCAAGUGUAUCGCUGCCAAGGGCGAGGACUUCGCACCCUGCAAGCAGUUCAAACGUGCAUACAACUCGCUGUGCCCUAACGAAUGGACCGCCAGGUGGGAUGAGCAGAGGGAGAACGGCACCUUCCCGGCCUCCUUGGAGCCGUGA